UAUCUCAGUACUGAUAUUGAGACUAAACAUUUUAAGUCUGUUCAUUGCUCUUAAUUCUAUAAUGUUAUAAAAUUUACGGCAUCAAUUAUGAGAACAGGCGUAAUUCUUAACCAAUUUCGAUGAACAAGGCCUCAUUUUAAAAACGAAGGUUUAAUCUAGGACAUACUUUCGAAUUUUUGAAAAAGCUUUUUUUUUUUUUUUUUAAAUCGUGUUAAAGAAUGGUAUUUUUCAAGAAUAGUUUAUGCACAAAUAAAAGGCUUUUUUUAAUGAUCGAAAACAAUCGCAUAAAUAUAUCAUUAGUUCCUUACAAGUAUGUCCAAUAGUUUUCUUUUUUUAAUAUCAGAUUUCAAAUAUAUCAGGUUAGAUAGAUAACAAAUAUUUUUCUUUUUUAUAAUCUGCAUAGAAUGUUAAUUAUUUUCACUUUCAAUUUUGUAAAUAUUGUAUGUUUUUUUCUUUUUUCUUCCUUUUUUUUUAUUUCGCUGAAUAAUGAUGACUCCAGGUGACGCUACAAUCGGGAUACUCUAUGAGACUAAACAACGCGUCAACAAAGCGUAUAACCUAACAAAAGUAAAGAACACGUGUUUAAGUUAAUUUCUUUAAAACAAUAGUAUAAUAUUUGUAUGUAAAUAUAAACAAGUUGUGCAUCUGUAACAAACGAAGAUAAUAUUAAUAUAAAGCACAUUUUAUAUUUAGUUAAUAUAAAUAUAGUGAAAAUGAAACGAUUAUUAGAAGGCGUUAUAGAUGAGGUUAUUAUACAACCUAAAAAAGUGAAACCCAUAAUCGGUAAUUUAAAUAUAAAUUGAUUGUAUUUUAUAUAUUUCCAUUUAAUUUUCAAAACGGCGAGCUAAAAGAUGAAGCAGCGGAGACCAUGUCUUGUGGUCUUUUCUAUGAUAAAAAAAGAGAAAAGAAAUUACUGGCUGUGUCCAAUGGACAAAUUGUUUAUAAAGGUUACACGCCAGAUAAUAAACAGCAGUUUAUGCAAACAAUGCUUGUACUUCAUAAUAAAAGGACUGGGAAGAUUAGAUUGGUACAAGCAGAAAGGUGGUCUGUAAGUCCUGUUCUUGAUAAACAAGUGAUAGAUAAUAAUAAAAAUACAGAUGCUGAGAGAAUUGCUUUAUUGAAUAAACAGUUUGGUUCAAAAAAAGUAAAGAGAAAAACAGAGCAAUUUGAAAGAAUGAAGAUUAAUGUCAAUGCUGUUAAAGAUGAUCUUGAAAAAACUGUUUCAAAUAUAGAAAUAAAUAAAGAAGAUCUAGAGACACAAAUAGCAGAUAAUGAUAGUAUAACAAACAUACAUUUACCUCAUUGUAACAGAGAUGCUACUAAUGUAAAAGACGUUUAUAAUAUAAAUGAUAUCAUACCAGAAAAUAAAUUAGAAACUCUCUACGAAAUAGCUAAAGAAACUAUAAAUCGUGUUCCUGAAGGCAAAUCAAAAUUUUUCACGCACGCCUUAAGAUUUUUGAAAUCUGACCCAGAUAAUAUAAAGAAAGUAGCUCUUCUAUUGUACAUUGAAACAGUUUCCAAAUGGUUAAAUAUCCCCAUAAAGGAUGCAAAAAAACGUGGAAUUAAUAUUUGCCCUUAUUCGGAAGAAGUUAAUUCACACAUUAUUGAAACUUAUAGCAUACAAAGUUAUAGUGGAAGGUUGAGACCUGCUAGUAUGAAAGAUAAAGCUAUCAUACAUUGUAUAAUUUUAGGCUUGAUUAUUUCUGAUUUUAUAAUAGAUCUAGAAUUACUUGCAACUAUGUUAAAUAGUCGAAUAGGAAUUAGAAAAUUAAUAGAUCUUGCCAAAAUAAUUGCAGCUGUGCCUAACAAAAAUGACAAGAAAACAUUCACUUUAAAACUUCCUUUACCGGAACAAGUUACUAUGGUUAAAAAAGGAAAAAAGAAACGAUCUUAAAUAAUAUUAUUAAAAAUGAAAAAUAGAAUAACAAAUUGUAACAUAACAUAUAUUUUAUUUUUAAAAAUUAUUAUAUGCCACAGGUAUAUAAGAUAUAUCAUAACAUUACAAAGAAUAACCAAAUUUUGUUAUCCAUUUUAAUCCGUCGACAGUAUUUGUUUUUGGUACAUAUUCUAAACCAAUGUAUCCUUGAUAACCUUUAUUUUCCAAUAAUGAGAGAACAUAUUUGUAAUCUAUCUCACCUGCUGUAUCUGGCUCAUGUCUGUGUGGUACUUGAGCUAUUUGAAUAUGCCC